CUUCGUGCCCUUCUUUUCAUUUACGGUCUCAAAAAAUUAAACAAUCUAUUUUCUUCACAUUUUUUCCACGGUAUGGACAACAAUAUAGGUUACUAAAUAAGAUAGAACUUCGCGUUCUGUACUCUUGCGUUUAUAUUCUUUUAUUUUAUUAUUCGUCUCUCGCUCUCUUGUUGCGCAUGUUUUGCUGCAUAUACAUGAGUGCGCAUCCAUACUUGUUUUUUCACCGUCGUUAAAGGACUCUACUUCUUUUUUAACCGCCUUUCUUAAUUUUCUCAUUAUUAUUAGUCUUCGAUCAUUCUCAUUAAUAUUAUAUUUUAUUUUGUAACAUAAGAUCUCUACAAGAACACGAAAACUAUAUAAUAAUUGGCAAAUUAAACUUUUCUGAAAAAAGGAGAGUCAGUCAGUGGUUAGAUAUAUAUUUAUGGACAGAGAUAUUAUAUUAAAUUUUAAAUUAAGUGUUAAAAAUAAAGUUGACUCAAAGGAGUUGAUUGAACUGUAAAAAAACAACAGUGCAAGAAGCUGUGGUUACUAUACAAAACAUAAAAGCAUACAGGUGCAGAUGCGAGUUACUCGCUAUUAACUGAAUAGGCAACAUGGACUGCGGCGAGACCUCAAAUAAUGGGGACAUUCAGUGGUGUUUCUCACAGGUGAAAGGAACCUUGGAAGAUGAUGUCACAGAAGCUGACAUUAUCUCAUGUGUGGAAUUCAACCAUGAUGGUGAUCUCUUAGCUACAGGAGAUAAAGGUGGCCGUGUAGUUAUAUUCCAAAGAGAUCCUCUUAGUAAAACUAUUAUUCCAAGAAGAGGCGAAUACAAUGUAUAUAGUACCUUCCAAAGUCAUGAACCUGAAUUUGAUUAUCUAAAGUCUCUAGAAAUAGAAGAAAAAAUAAAUAAAAUUAGAUGGCUAAAGAGAAAAAAUCCAGCACAUUUUUUACUUUCAACAAAUGACAAAACUAUCAAACUGUGGAAAGUCAGUGAGAGAGAUAAGCGUGUUGAGGGAUAUAAUACUAAAGAAGAAAGUGGUGCCAUUCGUGACCCCACAUGUAUCACUGGCUUAAGGGUACCUAUAAUCAAACCAAUGGAACUAAUGGUUGAAGCAUCACCAAGAAGAAUAUUUGCUAAUGCACACACUUAUCACAUUAAUAGCAUAAGUGUUAAUAGUGACCAAGAAACAUACCUUAGUGCAGAUGACCUUAGGAUUAAUCUUUGGCAUCUCGAGAUAACAGAUCAAAGUUUUAAUAUUGUAGAUAUUAAGCCUACUAAUAUGGAAGAGCUAACAGAAGUCAUAACUGCAGCUGAGUUCCAUCCUGUUGAAUGUAACUUACUUGUGUAUAGCAGUAGCAAAGGAACAAUUCGCUUGUGUGACAUGAGAUCUGCAGCACUUUGUGACCGGCACAGUAAAUUAUUUGAGGAGCCUGAAGAUCCUACCAACAGAAGUUUCUUUUCUGAGAUCAUCUCAAGUAUAAGUGAUGUUAAACUUAGUAAUUCUGGCAGGUACAUGAUUAGCAGGGAUUACCUCAAUGUUAAAGUAUGGGAUUUGCACAUGGAGACCAAACCUAUAGAAAGCUAUCCUGUUCAUGAAUAUUUAAGAUCGAAAUUGUGUUCACUGUACGAAAAUGACUGCAUUUUUGAUAAAUUUGAAUGCUGUUGGAGCGGUAGCGAUUCAGCCAUUAUGACAGGUUCAUACAAUAAUUUUUUCCGUGUAUUUGAUCGUUCGACGAAACGAGAAGUAACAUUGGAAGCAACACGCGAAGUUGCUAAGCCAAGAACUCUGCUGAAACCUCGGAAAGUCUGCACUGGAGGUAAACGUAAAAAAGAUGAAAUUAGCGUAGAUUGUCUGGAUUUCAAUAAAAAGAUUUUGCAUACAACAUGGCAUCCUACUGAGAAUAUUGUAGCAGUAGCUGCCACAAAUAAUCUCUUUCUGUUUCAAGAUAAACUCUAGCAUAUUUAUAUGCAGAGUAUACAACAUUAUAUAAUUACAUAAACACGGUGCAAA